AUGGAUGGCCCGCCGGCGCAGUCGCUCGGCGUCGAGGCCGUGGACCGCGACGUCAUGAAGCGCCCGCCGCGCAAGCGCAACGACCCCGUGCUGACGCGCGCGCUGAUCCGCCGCGUGGCGCAGUCGGCGUUCAUCAUCAUGGUCGGUACGAUGCUCGUGUACAAGCACGAGAUGGAGGACGGCGCCGUCGUCACGCGCCGCGACACCACGAUGACCUUUACGUGCUUUGUGCUGUUUGACAUGUUCAACGCGCUGACGUGCCGCUCCGAGUCCAAGUCGGUGCUGCGCGGCGAGGUCGGCCUGUUCACCAACGCGCUCUUCAACUGGGCGGUGUCGCUGAGCCUGGCGGGCCAGCUGCUGGUCAUUUACUUUCCCUGGCUCCAGGAGGUCUUCCAGACGGAGUCGCUGGGCCUGGGCGACCUGUUCAAGCUGGUGCUCCUCUGCAGCACCGUCUUCUGGGCGGACGAGCUGCGCAAGUGGUACCGGUACGGGCGGCACAAGCGGUACGGCACGCUCUUUUCACAGGCUGUGUAA